UGUGUCAGUCGCAAAUACCUCUCUUGUUCGUUGACCGCGACGACGCCGGCGACACCCAACACAAGCGCGACAACGACGAGCGCGUCGACCGCCGCUUGAGAGUGACGUUAUGGCCUCCGUCAAGUUGUAUCUUCGCCCGCCCCCCAAUGUCGACUUCGUAGACGGCUACCCGGGCAUUCCACCCGGUCCCUCACGGCCACAGGCAGCCGUCAAGGGCGCUAUCGAGGUCCGCCCCCAGGCGCAGGGGCAGGUCAUCAAGGCCAAAUGGAUCCGUAUCGAGCUGCGCAAGGUCGAGACGCUUCCCGGAGGCGGUCAGAGCAAUACGUUCUUCGACUUUGUAGGACCAAGCCCCGUCACACUAUGGCAGAGCGACGAUGAAUACGGCACCCUCAGAUCGGGGGACUUUCCGUUUGCCAUCCGGAUACCAGAGUCUAUACCCCCUUCAAUCCAGCUCGGCGAUCGAGCCGGCAUACGAUACGAACUUGUCGCCACACUAUGCGUCCAGGGCAAAAAGGGUUUCCUCCGCCGCAAGAAGUCCGUGACGGUGUCCGAGAUGGCGUCCGUCAUCAUCGACAAGCACGAGAUACACUCUACCUGGCCCGUUUACUGCCAACCCGAAAGUCGCACGAUGCCAGGCGCCGGCGUAACUCUAGUCGUCGAGCGGAACCGCACCUGCUACGGCCCGGGCGACCGCAUCAGCGUCCUCGCCACCCUCAAGUCCGACUCCCUCUCCACCGUCAUCCUCCGCGGCUUCGAGCUCGCGCUCGAGGAGACGACCAUCUUCCGCCCUGGCACGCAUGGCAAGCGCGCGGAGCCCAUCACGCGGAAGGCCAUCAUCAGCGAGAACAAGUUCGCCGUGAACGCGACGCUGUACGGCGGGCAGCAACACAUGGGCGAGCUAACCUGCGCGAUCAGCCCGAAUCAUACGACGACGUCGCUGAAUGCGGCGCGGCAUAUCGACAUCACGUACUUGCUGAUUGUGCGGGCGCUCAUGGGGACGGGGACGCAUAUCACGAUGCCCCUGCCCAUUGUGGUGUCGAACUGGCAGCGGAAUGUGUCCUAUGAGGCGCUGAGGAGGAUCGGGCCCGUGCCCAGUCUCUCCCUGCAGCAGCAAAUACCACAACCUGCGCAGCAGACGUUCGGCGGCCACCAGCCAUCGCAGAGCAUCUCGACGCUCGACAUUUCGCCUGCGAACAACCCGCGCACGAGCCUAUCGAAUGACCACAGCGCUUAUGGCACAGCCCCAUCAGCGUCCAACAGAGUCCGGGCAGACGAGUUCGGCUACGCGGGCACCGCUGCGAAGCCCGCGACCUAUGCGGGUAAUUCCCGUGCGAACAACGCCUCCUCACGUCCCGGCAGCGCGAAUGGUCCCGGCAGCAGCACUGUCACCCCAGCGCCCUCCGGCCGUCGUCCGCAAUCCGCACGCUCGGGAUCCAACGCAGGCAACCGCUUCACCAUCAUGAACGCCCUCCCGUCCGAAAUACCCACCCCGGAGCCCGAACCCGAACCGCCUCUCCCACCCGCGCCCGUGCGCACACCGUCGCCCAAGGCCGCCCCAGUCGUCGUGCAGACUCCGCCGAAGAAGGUGUGGCCGAGCGCGGAGGACGAGAAGGCAAAGCUGUACUCGCAGGCGCGGGCGCAGGUCGAGCGCGUGCAGGGCAAGGGCGCGUCGCCGCCGCCGGUGCAGGGGAUGGCGCCGCCCGUGCAGACGGUGACGCCGCGCGCGGUGUCGACGUCGCCGAAGCCGAACUGGCCGAGCGCGGAGGAUGAGAAGGCGAAGUUGUUCGAGAGCGCGCGGGCGAAGGUGGAGAGGGUGCAGGGGGCGCUGGCGACGUCGCCGAAUCCGAUAACCCCAAGUCCAUCACCACCGAACAACAUCCAGAUGCCGCAGCCGCAACGCGGUCAGGGAAGCAGCACCCCAUGGCCGUCCGCGGAAGAGGAGAAAGAGCGACUGUUCAACGAGGCCAAGAACAAGGCAAUGCGUACCCAGGGCAUCUCUUCUCCAGGUCUGGGCUUCUCUGCACCUGCACCGGCGCCCCAUCCCAAUGGGAACGGUUUCCCCAACGGUCAUCAAGGUGCUUCGUCUGCCCCUCGCCCCUUCCUCACCGCGGAGCAGGAGAAGGAGCGUCUGUAUCAGACCGCGCAGGCAGCUGUGCAGCGCACACAGCAAGACAUCCAGUCUCCGGCGCCCUAUGAGACCCUGUACCCUGCCGGCGGAUCGUCCUCUUCGCAGGCGCCCCCGCCAGUCGCAGCUGUAUCUCCGACCUUUGAUCACGCACCGCCAUCAUUUGAGCAUGCGACCAGCCCGCCCCCUCAGCAGCCCAAGAAUGCGCUCACGGCUUUGCAAGAGAAGCAGCAACUAGCGCGCCAGUGGGAGGAGAACGAUCGUCGAGCACAAGAGGCGGCGCAGGACCUCCCGCCUUCCUUCGAGGCCGUGACCGCGUCGUCUGCCUCGGCGCCCAUGCCAGCACCACCGUCGGGCAUGAGCAGCGCGAUGGCAGAGAAGGAGGCGAUGAAGCGGAGAUGGGAGGCGCAGGAUGCGGCGGCCGCGGCCGCGGUGACACCGUCCCCUCCGCCGAGGAAGACCACGGCGAGCCCGGGUGCCCGACCGCCACUUCCGACUGCGAGUGGUCCGCGGAUGCUGAGCGCGGCAGAAGAGAAGGCGAUGAUGCAGGCGCGGUACGCAGCGGAAGAUGCGGCGGCUGGUGGGAGCAGCGGGGCGAGUGGUGUAAAUGGCUACGCUGCCAGCAACGGCUAUCCUGCCAACGGCGCCAGUGGCUAUGCCCCGAAUGGCAUCAACGGCAUAAAUGGACACUCACCGUCGCCGCCGAUGCCGGUCCCCGUCGCGUCGCCACCACCGCUUGCGCCCAAGCCGCCGAAGGAAUAUAUCCAGGAGACUCAGGAAGAAGACUUGCGCGUCAAGUCGGUGCUAGCGUCAGAAGACGUCUUCACGCCAUACUCCUCGCUCAACCCUCGCGGACACCUGGGUCCUUGAGCUUGCCAUCUAUCCACAUCUACGAAGGUGCUCAUUUUGGUUGCUCUUAUUUAUUGCUAUCCAGGCCUCGCAUUGCGCAUUCCUAUGCACCGCCUACUAUUAUUCCCGGAGCUGUUCACAACCACACACAUCACGCUGGCCGCUCUGCUAGGCAGAGACGGCGACACAUUCGUUUGGUCUUCGCGCUUGCUCGCUUUUUCUCUUUUUCUGUACAGUAGUACCGAUAGUCUAUCACUCGUAUGUUCUUUACUUUGUCUUUUACUCGUUCUCACUGGUACGCUCACUAUAUCCUGUUUCGAUCUAUAUAUCAUGGAAGGCAAUUUCAUCCUCUGCAAUGAA